AUGGUUACUGUUAGCCUAAUUCAUAGUAGUUGGUUACAUUUAUUAGCUAAUCUAUCAAAACAAAUACUGUUGGGUAUUCUACUCGAACGUAAAUAUGGUUCAUUUCGAAUAGUUAUUGUCUACUGGCUUUCAACUGUAGGUGCAGUUCUAUUAUGUGCUAUGUUGGCAGACAGUCGAGAAGGCGGUAUUGGAUCUUCUGGUGCUAUAUAUGGUUUGGCAUUAUUUUUCACUGUGGAACGUCUUAAUGCAAUAAAAACAAAUAGCGAUCAUCGCCUUUUCAUACUGAUGCAACUAGUUCUGUUUAUUGUACUUCCUACGACCAUCACCAUAUCUAUGGCGGCUAUUCUUGGCAUUAAUGUGGGACAUUCGGCUCAUUUUGGUGGUGGUUUGGUAGGCUGUGUGUUUGGUAUUGGUAU